AUGCCCCACCUCACCACUCCAUGCCCCACCUCACCACUCCCACCUCACAGCUCCAUCCCUCACCACUUCAUUUCCGUCACCUCAGCACUGCAUCCCCACCUCGCUAUUACAUCCCCACCUCACCACUCCAUGCCCAACCUCACACUCCAUGCCCACCUCACCCUCCCACCCCCACCUCACAGCUCCAUCCCUCACCACUUCAUUUCCGUGCCUCAACACUGCAUCCCCACCUCGCUAUUACAUCCCCACCUCACCCUCCAUGCCCAACCUCACCCUCCAUACCCCACCUCACCACUCCAUGCCCCACCUCACCCCUCCAUGCCCCACCUCACCACUCUGUGCCCCACCUCACCACUCCAUCCCCCACCUCGCUACUACAUCCCCAGGACACCACUACAUCAACAGCCUAACCACUACGUACUCCACGUCACCAAUACAUCCUCAUUCCAUAGCUACAUCCCUCACCUCACCAUAACAUCCACACCCGCGCCACUACAUCCUCAUUCUACCGCUACAUCCCUCUCCUCACCACUACAUCCAUAUGUCACCACUCCAUCCCCCAAUUUACCACUUCAUCCCCCACUUUACUACUACAUCCUCAUCUCACCAUUACAUCCCCCAAACUCACCACUACAUCCAUCACCCCAUCACUACAUCCCACUCCUCAACACAUCCUCAUCACACCACUACAUCCUCAUCUCACCACUACAUUCAAAUGUCACCAAUCCAUCCCCCACCUCACCACUACAUGAACACUACAUCCACAACCUCAUGUGUAAAGAGGAUGUAGUGGUUGUGCAUGUAGUAGUGUGA